GCAUUGCAGUCUUGUUGAAUAUUUAGAAACGUGACUACAAGCACUUUCAGUGAGAUAGAGGGGGAAAAAAACAUUGAAGACAUACAGCUCCAGACGCACGUCAUGUUGCGUGUGUCCGUGUGAAAGCUGCGCUUACGGUCCCAAAGCUGCUCCGACUCUCGGCAGAUGGAGGUCUGCAGCCUGGUGUCAUGCGCAGACGACAUCUCAUCGCUGCUGCCCCAGGAAACGCCGCCGAGUCCCAAGUACAAAGAUUUAGGCCUCCAGUUUUCGGCAGUGAGGAAAGUUCGCGGUGAUGGAAACUGCUUCUACAGGGCUGUCUGCUUCGCACACCUGGAGUCAGUCCUGCACAGCCCCAGAGCCAUGCAGAGAUUUAAGGACCAGAUCAUACAGAGUGGAGAAGUUCUGCUCUCUGCGGGGUUUGACGAGGCUUCGUUCAGCCACCACCAGAGCACAGUCCUGCAAGUGGUGAACCAGUGCAUGGCCGCGGAGCAGGAAGACACUCUCCUGAGGCUCUUCAACCAGCAGCUCAUCUCCGACAGCGUGGUGCAGUUCCUCAGGCUGCUCACAUCUGCGCACCUCCAGACCCACGCCGACUUCUUCUGCAACUUCGUCGAGGCGCCAGAUCUGAAGGCGUACUGCCGGCAGGAAGUGGAGCUGAUGGCCAUGGAGUGCGAUCACGUGGACAUCUUGGCCUUGUCGCAGGCUCUGGACGUCGGGAUCCACAUCGUGUCGAUGGAGGGCGACGAGCAGCAGCUGGUCCACCACGUCAUUCCCGAGGGAGCAGAUCCAGCCGUGCGUCUCCUCUACCAGACGUCGCAUUACGACAUUCUCUACCGACGAACUCAGCCCUGAACUUUCCGGGAAACAGCAGCCCUCUCCCAACGGAACAAAAAAAAAAAAAAAACACACCCACGCUUUCAGAUCCUUACGCAAAGAUACGUUUAUAAAAUAUUGCAUUCCAUCCACAUAGCGACACAAUGGGCAGUAAUUAUUAAAGGGAAAUAAAACGCUUUUUAGUACAGAAACAUUUUGUAAAAACCACAUCAUGCCUGCUUCUUCCCCCUUUUCCUCUGCUUUCGUCCUUUCUGCUGCUGAGGAAAACCCGUCAGUUUAGGUGUGUUCUUCUGCCCUGAAAUCCUGGUCAGGGCGCUUUCCAUCCCCGCAACGGGAACGUUUGUCAGCUCGAGUUUUCCCAUUUUAGUGGGGUACUUUGUUUUCAUCACGUUCUUGAAUAUGGGCUGCGAGAUUAGAUGCUUUAAAUGCUUCUUCAUCCCCUUCACCAUCUUCUGCUGCUGCCCGUCGUCGUCCUGCUCUCUAGCGCUGCCUGUGGACACAGACGGCGUUUCGUUUUGGUUUUCAAAGAUGCCCGAUUUCUUGUUUUCACGUCGCAGUGGGAUGUGCUCGGUUUAAAUUACCCAUAAGGAGGUCGUCGUCGAGGUCCACCUCCAGGUCCUUUGCCGCCUGCUUAAACCAGGAGUCAUGCUGCUUCUCUCUGCUGUUGAAGAACUCGAUCUUCUCGAUCUUCCUAGCGAGGUUCACCCGCUCCUGUAAAGCGGCAGAAAUUAUUGAAAGCUGGAAUCCCAGCUUAACGCGGUGACAUAAAACUCUAGUAUCUAGGGAUUAUUAAGCAUUUGUCACACAGGGGGGGGUCUCUGGGAUUAGAUGAUCCGCAUUUUGCAGCCCUGCACGUGGCUUUGCUGUCGCGCCCGAUGCUGAUGGACUGUACCUUGAUCGCAUCGAAGCAUUUGUCCUCGACAGGGAACACAGGGAGAUCCUCGUCCUUCCCGAGAGUCUUGGAAAUCUUUUUGAAGUUCAUCACGUCGUCUGGACCGAUGAGCAGCAGACUGAGGCCCUCUCUGGUGGCUCUGGCUGUGCGGCCGCUCCGAUGGACGUAGGUCUCUGAUGUUCGAGGAACCUGCAGGACAAAUUAAGUGUCCAAUGAGGGGGGAUGGAUCGGAGCAAUCUCCAUUUUUAUUUUUUUAGUUUUGCUCCUGCUAUUUGCUUUAUUUCUGCACUGAAUUCACAAAGCAAAUGGCACUAAAUGCAUGGAGGAGCAAUCCCACCCAUUAAGUUCAUUAGAUUGCUGCUGUUUGCACUUCAACAGCAAACAAAUCAUGCAGAAGUGAUAGAAAUUUUUUUUUUUUUUACUUUUAAAUUAAUAUUUUAGCCAAGCCUCCUUGACCACUUGACAUGUUUUCCCCAUUACUACGGAUGUGUUGAGAUAAAGAAAGUACAUCAAUUUUCAGGCUGUGUAUUUUAGGGGUGUAAUUAACAUUUUCUUUCAUAAAUCUUUCUAAACCGUCAUUAGUAUUGCUCAUAAUUUUAUUUUUAUUGUUUUAUCCCUCCAAAAUGUCCUGUUUUUAUUAUUUUCCACCGGGUGACAACAUUUUAUUUUUAUGUUAUUGUACAUUUUCCAGUUUCCACAUGUGAGCUGGGGAAACAUUUCCUUUUUCUAGUCAUGUAUGGUAGGAGGAAAAUUUAAUAAAAGGUGAUCAUAAAAAAAAAAAA